AUGGGAGUCGAUCCGCUGUCUCCAAUUGCGCCAGUGCGCCUUCGGGCGCUGCUGCUCCCAAUCGGCAAGAUCAAGCGCUCACGAUUCUUGGGCUUCGCCGCUAGACUUCAAGCCGAGAAUGUGGUUCGGCUAGGGGACAUCAGUCCCGACUCUCGUCCAAACCGAAAUAUGUUCUCUCCGCUUGCGUUCCCCACCGGAAUGAUCCUCUAUGACCUGUCCUUCUCCGUUCCUCCCACAUCACACCUCGAGCUCUUUCCAUUCGAAAGUUACAGAGAACCGCUGGUCAUUAUUGCCAUAGCCGAUGGAACGGAGCUACCUCAAAGCUCGGAGGCGACGGAGAAGCAUCCCACGCCGGAGGGGCUAGAGCUGUUGCGAGAGGAGCUCGAUACGGUGAAGGAGAGGAACCCGCGGGCAUUGGUGAACCAGCUUCUAGUCUUCGACUACGAGGGCCUUGACAAACUCACCAAUGGCCCGGAAAAUGUGCUUUGGGUUCCCCGGCCGGAGGCGUCCAAGGCCACCACCAUGAAAACCGUUCUGUGCGAUAUCACCUCCGUCUUGCUAUCCGAGCUGGAUGGAUUCGCCAAGACAAUUCAGAAUAUCCCGUCGAUAGAGUCGCCCAAAGCCUCAUCGUGGGGCCCACAUAGAAACCCAGAAUUGCGGCCGCGACCCGUGGACCGACUGCUGAAUCGGAUGACUAUGCCUGCCCAGCUGCCAUCGAACCCCAAUGGUGCGCCACCAGAAACACCGUUGAGCUCCAAUGCCCCCUCUCCAGCUCCUAGCGACCAUGAAACACCCACAACAUUCGACGAGAUAACUCGAUCUAUCCAUCUAUCGCGCACGAGUUCCGGCACCAAAAGCCCUUCGGUAACGUCUCCCAAGGAACAUAGCCGGGAUCGCAUGUCUGUCAGCGGCUUGAGUGCCACCGACAGAACCAAAAAUCGCAUUAAGGGUCGGUCUGGGGUCGUCAUUGGUACCCUGUUCCUGCAGGCAGGAAGGUGGCCUGAUGCCCUCAAGGAGCUCGUUGAAGCGGCCAACAAUGCACGGGCUGGUAGCGACUAUGUCUGGCAUGGCAAGGCGCUAGAAAAUAUUCUUCUAUGCCUGCUAAUGCUCGCAUGGGCCGGCAUGGAUUUCCAAAUUCCUCCGGUUCUCUAUCCGGUUGCCGACAAGGCUUCCAAAGCAGUGAGGGACGCAAUCCAAACGCCAUCUGCGGCCGGAAACCGCAUGGUCUCCCUCCAGAACCUUGCCAACCUUUUGCCCGACCUUUCAAACACAAUUUUGAAUCUCUACACUCGUGCAGCCAAUAUAACGGACGAGCCUCUUCCUCAAUUAGUGUUCUCGGAAACGGUGAUUCGGUUAUCGAGGCUGAUGGUAUCUGCUCGCAUUCGGGACGGUGGGCUUGAUGACAAUGCUCUGAACCACAUUGUGAUGAACGAGCCUUUGGUUCCUUUGCAUCAACCAGAGCUUCCUCGCGGGACAGUCGUGCUUCGCAAGACUGAGAUCGCCAACUACCUAUACCGGGCUCUCCCACUUGCCCCAGGCGCCGACUUACCUGCUACCGAUGCUGUGCCCAUCAUAGUCGGUGUCAUUUCUGUCCUUAAUGCUCUCGACCUACCGCGCAAAAAGGCCUUUGUCUUGCGCGAGCUCCUCGCUGUAAUGGUACCCAGUCUUGUGCAAGCCCGCAAAAUCGGUGCCGCAGAGGUUGGUAUCCAUCCCGCCGCUGGACUGGCAUCCCUCAGUGACACCGCGUUCGAUGUCAAUGCUCUAGAUGUUGGUCCGGGCAACAUGGAAACAAGUGUGCGUCUGCUUCUUACUUCAAUAGGCGAGACUUAUGGAGUUCAACCCUCGGCAUUCUACGAAUGGGAGAAGCGACAGAGUCAGGCCUCCAUUUCGGAUGGCUCCCAAGAGUGUCCUGAGUACGAUUCGAUUGCGGGUAUUGCAGAACGCUCGUUCCGACAUGUUGUCCUUGAUAGAUAUGGCGAUUUAAACCUCAAGAUCGAUGUUCUCAAAGCCUGUAUCAACUGCUGCGAAGCACUUCCUGACUUUAACGGUGUACUUCGCUUCACAGUCGAGCUUUUGCAGACUAUCCGAGGGGAUCUGAUGCUUAAUGAAGCUCACAGAAAACCACCGUAUCUGCCGCAAGAUGAGCAAGUCCGUCUGUUAAACAAUAUCAAGCGCACGGUAGGGGCUGGAAACCGGCUGGGUGCGGCCAACAUGGCUGCUGAAUACUGGGAUGACUUCCUUGUCCGCGACGUUCAGUUGCUGAUCUUGCCAGAGCCUAGAAGACCCGUCCGCCGGUCUAAGACUGAGCUGGAUGCAGUAACUACGAGUACCGAAAAGUCAAAGAAGGAUCCUUUCCUAUACAACCCAUUCGCUAAGCCCAGCAGCAAGGCUUUGGAGGUUCUUUCCGUGACAGAUGAGCCUGCCUCCUUCCGAGUCACUCUUCAGAACCCCUAUGAGUUUGAGAUGGAGAUCGAACACCUGCGGCUAGAAAGCGAGGGCGUGAACUUUGAGGCUGUGGCGGAGAACAUCAUUCUUCCUCCACUAUGUCUGCAGGAUAUCAUUGUGCUUGGCACCGCGCACGAAGAAGGGAGCCUCACGAUUUCCGGAUGUAUUGUUAAAGUGCGGCAUUGUCGUAUGCGAAGAUUCCCUAUUUUCAAGACCUUAUGGAGGCCUGGACCGGAACUCAAGUUCAAGCGAACAGGGCUGUCUGCAAAGAAACCCCUCAAUGACCGCCCGGUGUCCUGGAGCUCGACUACAUCCAAAGAUGGGAAGAUCUCGGCGAAGAAGGGCCCAGAAGCUGAAACCCUUCAGGUCAAGGUUAUCGGCAAACAACCCUCUCUUCUGAUCGAGUCCAUGUCGCUCUCGCAGUCGGCAAUGAUGGUUCUCGAAGGGGAAGUCAAGUCAUUUUCCAUCACACUUCAAAAUACAUCGUCGUGCCCGGUGGACUUCGUAUUGUUCACCUUCCAGGAUUCGACGACUCGCCAGCUUCAAGCGGCUCUCAGGAACAAGGAUUUGCUUCCUGUUGAGAUCUAUGAGCUAGAGCUGAAACUGGCCACUCAGCCAGCCUUGAAAUGGCGCAGAGAGGGCCCGCAGUCGGAUGAUUGGAAUAUUCCACCCGGCCAGCAGGCUACAUUUACCGUUGACGUGCUGGGCAAGCCUGGCCUGCAAGAUACGACGGUGCAAAUCGACUACUCGUACCUGAAGAGCAAGCAAGGAGAUCUACCCGAAGUGUUUUACACACGGCAAUUGUUCGUUCCGCUGACUGUCACGGUAAAUGCGAGUGUUGAAGUUGCUCGUUGUGAUAUCUUCCCAUUCAGCGGUGAUUUUGCCUGGAAGAACCAUCUUGAUGCCCCCUCCGACUCAACAAACACGUUCGACUCCCCCUUAUCUGCGACCGAAAAAGACCCAUUCUCUCAGAUUCUCUCUCGGCUCGGCAAUGGGGCAUAUGGACCAGAUCACUGCAUUGUGCUACUCGACCUCCGCAAUGCGUGGCCAAGUCCUCUAUCGGUCUGGCUACGUGUGAGCGAGCACUCCAUUUUGCAUGCUCCCAAUUCAUUCAAGCAUGACAGCAAGGGCCAAUACUCUGUCGAUGGCCACCUCCAACCGGGCCAGGUUUCGCGCUUUGUCCUCGUUUUGCCCCGCGUCUACCUAGAUAACCCAUAUGCAAGCAUCCCCGUCGUCAACACGGGUACCCGUCGCCAGUUCGUUGUCAGUGCCAAUAAGCUCACCUUCGAGGCGGAAGCAGCCUCGCGGGAGGCAUUCUGGUUCCGCGAAGAGCUUCUCAAACGCGUUCUCGGAGGCUGGUCUGAGCCCGCUACCGGCCGCGAGGGAUCCAUCGACCUACGCAACAUCCGUCUGAAUACCCGCAUGGUGGAGGCCAUGCGUCUUGAGGACGUCGAGAUCUCGUUCUUCCUAGGCUCGUCUUCCAAGGAUGAUUCCUCCGCAGUUGACCAAACGGGCCGCUCGCGCUUCCGUGCCCAGACAGACGACCUCCUAACUCUCUCCGUCACCGUUCGCAACCGUUCCUCGCGUCCCAUCCACCCCCUCCUCCGCCUUCGACCUAGCCUGCGCCACCAGCCAAGCAACAUCGCGCUGGACCUUACGCGUCGCCUCGCAUGGACUGGCAUGCUGCAGCAGGCCCUCCCUAUCCUCCAACCCGGAGAAUCUACCCAAGCGUCCAUUGGCCUGACAGUGUUCUGCCGCGGCGAGUACGAGUUCGGCGCAAGCGUCGAGGAAGCGCGACUCCUGCGGCAGUUUGGCGAAGACGGCAAGGAGGAAGAUGCCUAUGCCGCUACCCGGUUCCUUGAAGAUGGUAUCAUGGAUACAUUUGGCGCGGACGUGGUGAGACGCCGCCGCAUCUGGCAUGCAAAGGAGACCUGUGUCAUCCAUGUUCGUGAGUAA